AAUUGGUGGUACAGAACAUAGACGGAUAGUAAUAGUAAAUAAAUGAGACCAAUUAAUUGGCGAUAGGCUAUAAAUUAAUAUUUUCAGGCCCUGGUUGGUUGUAGAACUACUUAAGUUAACUGUAUAAAAAUCGAAAUAAUAAGUAAGCAUAACAAUAAUUAGCAUGAAAUGAAGUGAAAUGAAAUAAUGAGCAUAAUAAAUAAUUAGCACUUUAUAUUUUCUUAAAAGAAAUCAUCUUAGCCUUAGCUUCCACUGAUUUUAACAUUUUUAGAGAUGAGCAAAAGAAAAGCACCCUUAAGUGAAGACAACCCAAAUAAUGACUUCUGUGAAUUUUUAACAGAGCUCGCCAAUUAUGAGCGCAAUGUAAACCGUAAUAUUCACAAGUACAACGCAUACAGAAAAGCAGCAAGUUCACUUGCUGCUCACAAAGUACGAAUAACAUCUGGCAAAGAAGCUCGGAAACUAGAGGGCGUCGGAGAAAAGGUUGCCGAAAAGAUUGACGAGUUUUUAAAAACAGGCACCUUACAAAAAUUGGACAAGAUUCGUAAAGAUGGAACAAAUGAGUCCAUUAAUUUGUUUACCAGAGUAUCUGGAAUUGGGCCAGUCAAAGCCAAAGAACUUGUUGAUUCUGGCCUUACCACUCUUGACGAUCUUAGAAAAAACUUAGACAAGCUAACACACCAUCAGCAGAUAGGUUUAAGGUACUUUGAAGAUUUUGAGAAAAGAAUACCACGAGAGGAAAUAAGUCUGAUUGAGACAAUUAUUAAAAAUUCAGUCAUGGAAAUGGAUGCAAAAUACUUAACUACAGUUUGUGGAAGCUACAGACGUGGGUUGCCAUCCAGUGGAGAUGUAGAUGUGUUACUCACUCACCCUGACUACAACUCUACAGAUUCUGGCAAGGCUGGCAAGUCUAAGGCAGCCAAACUCCUCUCCAGAAUUGUCACUUUGUUGGAAGAAAAGAAGCUCAUUACAGAAACAAUAUCCCAUGGGGAUGUCAAAUUCAUGGUGUUCCUGGCGAGCCUCUGCAAGUUACCUGUGAGAAGGAUAUUUUUGAGUACAUUGACUACCCUUACAAGACUCCACAAGAGAGAAGUGUGUAGUGUGGACUGUGCACUGAAGAUACAACAGGGAUUGGCAGAAUUUGGUGUAUUUACUGCUGAAGAAGCUCUCCUAGCAUCAAACUUCAUAGACAAGAGUGCCCAAGUUAUUGCGGAUAUUAGACAUGUAGAAAGGAUUACAGAUCCUUAUGCGUUCCAAGCAGUGGCUGUGGUCAAGAGCACUUACGGAGGAACACUCAGCAGUCUGAGAGGCUCAAACUUCUGUCAUCCUGGGUUUGCUCCUGGGGGUCUCUGGACGGAUUCAGUACUCAAGCACUUUGAGAGAUUUGUGGUAACCACUCCGUGUGAAGAUAACAAUAUGUCUCUGGUUGAACAAGAGAUAAAAGCCUUGUCCUCUUUCUUCAACAGCGCUUGCAGGCCUGGACCCUGGGUGCAGGAGGACAUGUUUGAUGCUCGCUUGAAGCUGAACUACAGUAACCUGUGCUCUCUGUGUGACUCUCCCAAGACCUGUGCCUACGCAAGCCAUGAGACAGGCAGCCACCGUGCAGCCCUCACCUGCCUCACACACCGUGGUGGUGACGUGGCCUACGUGGCUCUGCGAUAUGUGCGCCAGUACUUUGGUCUAGAACCAGGAUUCAGUGCGAUGGCCAAUCCUAACGAGUUUAAGUUGCUAUGCCCAGAUGGCAGCACUGAUUCUAUAAUAGACCCUAGUCCCUGCUCAUGGGUCAAUCAGCCAUGGAACAGUGUGCUGGCACGAAGAGACAUAGCAAUGCUGUUGCAGCCUCUCUUGUUGUCCUGGCUCAGCCCCAGUGUUGAGGCUCGAGAUCCCUGGCAGCAGGCUCUCUCUGCUCUCAUCAUUGAGACAGACCACAACAUCAACAGUGUUACUUCUUUACUCUCCAACUUUGUCAGGCAAGUAGGUGGGGAGACACGCCAGGCUUGUAGAGGCAGUGUCAAGUGGUGUACAAUCAGUGGUAUAGAGACCCGCAAGUGUGAGUGGCUGAGGGCAGCAGUGCAGACACACGGGAUACAACCAUCACUGGACUGUGUGACAGCAUCCAACGAGUGGGAAUGUUGGGCAAACAUCCGAGAUGGCAUUGCCAACGUUGUCACUGUAGAUACAGAAUACGGAUAUAUUACCAGAAGAUCAUACAACAUGUCACCUGUCGUCUACUUAGACAGUGGAGUCAAUGGGCAAUAUCAGAUUUUAGCUAUUGUGUCAAGUUCAAAUAAGAUGAUAAAAAGUUGGAGCAAUAUCAGACAGAAAAAAGCUUGUUUUCCAGAAUUUGGUGGAUUAGCGUGGUCGGCCACAGUGGCCACUCUGCUAGAGCAGCAUCAGUUGGCCAAGAUAUGCCCGUAUGGCCAGGCCAUGGCCAGCUACUUGGGUGGGGCGUGUGCGCCUGGGGCCAAGGACACUGACCAUACCCGAGGCUCAGGCGUAGUCCCUGCUAAGCUGUGCAGCCUCUGCUCCUCACAACCUAAUGGUUCGGAUUCCUGCUCUACAACUCAGAACAGUGUGUUUUACGGUGACUUGGGAGCACUACGCUGUCUGACCAGCGGAUUUGGAGAUAUUGCUUUUGUGGACUAUCGACAACUUACAGGCAGUGAUGGUAAGCUAGCAGGAGACAUAGAGCCCAGCAGCUAUCGAGUGUUGUGUAGGAACGGAUCAUUGGCGCACACUGUGGGACUAAAUGUUGACAACGACUGUGCUCUGGCUUAUCUAAGAAUGAUCACUUUGCUUGCAGGCAGUGAUGGUAAGCUAGCAGGAGACAUAGAGCCCAGCAGCUAUCGAGUGUUGUGUAGGAACGGAUCAUUGGCGCACACUGUGGGACUAAAUGUUGACAACGACUGUGCUCUGGCUCACGGAAUUGGUUCUGAGGUGAUGGCUCAUGCAGGUAGAUCUUCAGUUAGAGACUUGGAACUGAGAGAACUACUUCUGGAGCUAGACCAAUGGUUUGGAUCUACAUCACCUAGUAAGAUGGAUAGUGUCUUUCAUAUGUACUCAGAGUUCCAAGAUACUAAGGACUUACUCUUUAAGGACUCUAGUAGAGGGAUCAUACUUCCAAACGAUCCAGGAUAUUCGUAUGUAAACAGUUACAAACAACUUCAAGAUGUCAACAGUGUGUGCUUGAAAAACAGAAACUCUGGUGUGCCAGUAAUACCAUCUAUAAUUCUUUUUGUAGCAAUAUUUAUCUGUCCUUUUAUUUUAUAGAUUAUUUUUGUUUGAGAGGAUCACUGCCAUUUGUAUAAUUACUUUGGAUUCCUUUAUUUAAGUUUAAGUUGUAUGUUAAGAAAUAAUACUAAUAAUAUAUAUUAAUCAAUUAAUAAAAGUAC